UUCCCAAGCAAUCGUGCACAUUGUAUCGUACAUGUCCUUGAAAAAAAAUUACCGACUAGCGGCUUUUCGCUUCCUCCCAAAGAAGUCGGGUUUUGUUCAGGUAUAUUCACACUCGCUCGUCGCAUUCUUGUUCAUCCAAAAUUUACAAAAUCGUAUGCAUAUAACACUUUCGUCACCCUAAACAGUCUCGGUGUAGAAAUGAAAAUUUUCGAUGGACCAAACGAAAUCGUUCAGUGGAUUCAAAAAAACCUGAGGGUUGUAAAAGAAUCGAUCACUCGUGAUAUCAUAAUGGCCAAAUCAAAUCAACGGUGUCCGAUAUUCGCUUGGGCUAGUCAUUUUCAGAUCACUUUCAAGUCUGGUAUUUUCGAGUCUGAAUCAGUCUUCACAAUGAGUGGAACAGCCGACGCCAAGGGAGAGGAAAUGUACAUUCGUUUUCACAGUGAAAAACCAAAGAUGAGGUUUUGCAGUUCCGGUCGUACUGGAAUACUCGAAGUGCCAACCAACGCUACCAGCGUCUUCCUUUAUUUCGUCACGGACGUUGAGCGAUCGACAACUGGUCCUCAACUAGUCGAAAUGAUCAGAGAAGUACAAAAAACAACGCCUGAGACUCACACUGCGUACAUUCCAAUAUGGUGGCCACAUGACAGUGUCUCCAACGUUGCUAAAGGGAUUAAGAAUUCGCUGGACGCGGAACCACUCUUUUCACAUGGAGGCUUUGGAGAUUUUGCCAUGGAAGAUGCA